UUCCAUUCGAAUGUCACUUAUUUCCGGGGGUACCUGAACGCAUCAAGCUGAAGAGCAAGAAAGCGGUGUGUAUAACAAGAGACUACAAGACACGAAGUGUAAGAAACAAACGAGUGAAAAGACGUAAGGGAAAGGCCACAACGUCGCUAUUUCCUGUUCCCGGACUUGUUUUCAAGCCGUAAAUGUUGUGGGGCGGCUGACAGCUGCGACAGAAACACAACAAGAACGCAACAGCAAUGCAGAAUGGGAAGAGCCGUCUGCAGCAGUUCCAGGAGGAGGCGGAGGAAGUGAAGGACAUCAUGUUAGACAAUCUAAACAAAGCGGAGGAGCGAUCUGGCAAAUUAGGCGACCUGGAGAGUCGAGCUGAUGAGCUGCUACAAAAGAGUAAAGCCUUUGAAAAGAAAUCCAACCAAGUUAAAGAAACACAACGGUGGAAGAACAAGAAGAUGAAAGUUGCCUUCAUUGCAGCUGGAGUGGUGGUGGUCCUCGUCAUAGUUAUCAUAGUCAUCAUCUUCAGUGUUCCAACAUAGCACAACUCGUGCACGGACGGAAGGUGGAAUACUGGAACUGUACAACCUGGGAAAAAAAAAAAGUUGACGUCUGUGCUAACUCUUUGUUUAAGGUUAUUUAUGGGACAGGAGGUCUCACUCUUUGGUAAGUUAAUAUGGUACCAUCGAUAGCUGCUUCUGGUCAUUUUCCACAACUUUGUUGCUUCCAGUUCACACUGAGAAGACAAACAAUAACAAAUUGAUGAACUCAAACACUGAGAUGUCAGAAAUCAAAGCUCCCUGGUGUUGUGGGAUAGAUUUUUAUAGGGUUCAUUUGGCUUGUUUUAUCAAAAGAAAACACAUUUUAUUAGAACUUCUGUAACCUAUCAAGAUGACUAGUCUGAUUCACUGCAUAAAAAUUGUAAUCAAACCAGUAGAUGU